GAAGAAGAAGAAGAAGAAGCGUCUUCGCAGGUCGACGUCGGUCUCUUCUGUCGUCUUGACAUUCCUCUUUUAAAUUUAAAGUUGCAAACGGCUGAGAAAGCAGCAGAAGGACGCAAUUACAGCAUUUGAUUUUUGGGUUUGUUUUUCCCUCGGGACGGUGAGGAAUUACAAACUUUCUGGACAGCACCUCUGCAGUCCAACCUUCACGCCACAAUGAUUACCAGAAGAAGAGGCCGUACUAUCAACAACACAAAGUCUCUGGAGGUUGAAGUGGUUGAUGCUGUGGAAACUGUUCUCCCGAGUCCAUCCGAUGAGUUCUCAACCGAUGAUAUCGACGUCGCUGGAAUAGAGCUGGAUGCCUUGUUUGGAAUUGAAGACUUAAAAUGGGCGCUAGAAAGAGAUGCUUCGUCCCCCCUGUUUGAUGUGGAGAUGGCGGAUCUGGGUGUGUAUGGUGCCAAAGACCAAGACUCCGGGCUUGAAGCUUCAACUGCCUCAUCUCCAGAGAGAUUGUCGUCGGACUCGAAGAUGAGGGACAAACAGAACCACUCGAGCGUUGGGAGCAACAAAAAUGCCAUCGCCGCCAGAUUGAAUCGUCUCAAGAAGAAAGAAUAUGUCAACAGCCUGGAGAGGAAGGUUGGCAUCCUGUCAACCGAAAACGGCAUGCUCAAACAGGAAAAUUCUCAGCUGACCAAGAGAGUGGAAGAGUUGGAAGAUGAGACCAGGUACCUGAGAGCUGUGCUGGCCAAUGAGAGCAUGUUAGCCCAGCUCUUGUCCAGGCUGAGCGGUGUGAAUGGGAUGAAAUUAUCUUCCUCGCUUUUCCAGGGGCCUGACCCAAACGACCACGACUAUGCCUUGCCCAGGAAGCGCGUGAAAGUGGAGGAGAAAGAGACAUCUGGUGGAGUGUGUCUGCAUGUGGACAAGAAUCACGUCUCAGUGGAGUUCUGCACUAAGUGUGCAGAGAGUGCAAGCACGUCACUCAAAAUGUAGGGUCAAGUACUUCUCUCUGUUUUCACAUAUUGAGACUGAGCUUGACAUGACUCAGUGUACUGAACUUGAGGUGGAUGAACACCGUUGAAUUUGUUAAGAUUACCUAAGAACUGCUGAAUGUGCAUGUGGUUGUGUGUGUUGAUGAAUUCAAGUACACGUUACUGCUAAACCUUGUUGACAGUUUCUUCUAGGUAAUGGUUGAUCCACCAUGUGGGAUGAAUGGCUUUCUGAACACCUUUACCUGCUUGACUCCAUGUGGAUUCUGCUGGUGGAAGGGGAAGAGGCUGGACAAGCUGCUGCCAACGUGGCCUGGUAUUUUUGUAAAGGUAGUAUCGGUAACAAAUGGUAUAUGUGAUUAUAUUUUACCAAUACUCCACCACACGUGUAGCUGUAGGUCCUGUCAGUGAACUCAUGCAGCAUUUUUGUGGCUGACUACAGCUGCUCCAUUACUCAGUACACUGAGAGCGAUUUUAUGUAAUUAAAGAUCAACUGUAACAAACUGUACAUGUGUAUAUAAUUUUGAAUACGUAUUGUUGGAGGCUAAUGGCCUUUAAGAAUUGUUGGACAAAUAAAUAAUAUUUUCAUUACGUUUGAGUUACAGAUAUCUGCCGAGUCUUGUUCUGUACUGUUGAUAUUAAUGCAUCUCUUUUUCUCUCUCUAAACAGCAAGCUCUCUGCCGAUAAAGGUCUAACUUUUCCUGAACAUUUGGGUCAAGUCUGGUAAAGGUUGUCAGAACAAAUGAACGAGAUCUCCUUUGAUGGAAGUACAAAGCACGCAAUGUGAGGGACCACAGGAAUUAACCAUCCUGCCCGUGUUUUAGCCCACUUACUUCAAAAUCGUACAUGUUUAUUUUAUGGCACGUCAAGCUUUUUGAGCCCUAUUUUAACACAUAUCUGUACCUAAAAUUAGAAGGGGUUGUCAUGAGGGUAGGUCAGCCCACUUGAGCUGCUCUGUGCCAAGCAAAUCCUUGGGGGUAUAUUUCCACUACUGCACAACCAGCGAUAUCUGUGUUACUGAAAGCUCUUUGUCUUCCAGAUAUUGGUUAUGUUUUACAGUUUCCAUGUUAAAGGGAGAGUUGUGUUUCUGUAAAGUAACUUGAUAUGGGAUACUUAAGCCAUAGUCCACAUUAUCUACAGUAGAUGGGGUGAGGGUUUAAAGUGGGUACAGCAGGUGGAUGGAUUUAAGUCUCCACACCCAGCAGACCGAAGCAAAAGCAUGGAAGCUAAGCUUUGUGCUCAUGUGGAUACAGUCAGCAACAAAACAUAUUUUAGCCACCCUAGAAGAGCCCUACCUAAACAAACAGCAUUGAUCUCCAUUGUAGUGUUAUAAUUAGAUUUUUCUCACAGUUUCACCUUACAGUUCGUCCUUUACUUUGGCACUCUGUGUUCUCCAGCGGUGAGACUUUUCUAAAUGUAGCGUACGCUUAAAUGAACAGACGAUGUUGUUUUCUGCUGGCUGAAAUGUUUUGCUGCUAGCUCACCUGCAGAACAUUACAGUGCCAAAGUUCUCUGCUGCUUCAAAGUGGUGCAACUGCAAACUUGUGUGGUUCAUACACUGACUGGAUAAGUCCCUUUUAAAAAAACAUAGACUGUCCCUUUAAGUUACUGCUGAUGGUGCUGCACAACCUGUUUUCUACUGAAAAGCUAGUGUGAUAUGUUUUUAAAAGUAAUUAAAGGCAGCGUGUUUGCUGUUUAUUUAGCAGUGUGAAGACCGUUUGCUCAGCAGAUCUGGUUGAAACAGUGCACAGAGGAAAAGUACAAAGAGUCACGGCCACAGUGAGCUGCAGGCAACUGACUUAUUGUGCGGGUUGGGAGCAGCACUCCAAUUAAACUAAAUCACUUUACCUUGCUAUGUGGAAAAACGCUGACAGUAUCACAGGACUGCUGGUGGCUGUUGUUGGCAUUGCUUGGUACAGAUAACCAGCCCACAGUGGAGGAAAAAACCUGGAGAGCAGCUGUAACACUUUAAUCAUAAUGCAACUGAGAACUUUGCUGUUUUUAGUGUGAACAGUGCUUCCAUGGAUUCAAAUGAAAAGGAGUGAUGGUGCACUUUUGGAAGCAUUUACUUACCUGUAGGCAGUGCUUGUGUGUUGAAGCCUGUUAGCCAAAAUGAACACGACAACUGAAAACCAGGAGACAACUACACUGUUUGCUGAGCACAAUGACUUACUGGAGUGUGGUCACCGUGUUGUUGCCAGGCAACAGGAGUUACAGUGACCAUCCGAAACAGUCUUCCACAUAACACCUGUAAUAUUAACGUUUCUUGUACAGUCCAGUUUUUGUACAAGUGAAUCCAGAUGUAAUGUUAGUGGUGGUAAAACUACUGACUGUAGCUUCAUCGUGUUCAUACAUAAAAGUGACGUCAGUCUUCUUGUCUCAUUGCCAGUAAGCAGAUUUUACAUAAUUGUUAAAGGUGGAAAAUUCCAAAUGACGUUUCUGUCAAACUUUUUUUUAAACAAAACUAAAUAAAUCUUGGAGAUUAGUGUAAAACUUACAACAGCUUCUAUAUAUGUAUAACAAGCUUGCAUGAUUUUAAUAAGAUGGGGCCUGUUUGCAUCUAUCUUUGCACUUUUCCCUUCUUAUGACACAAGUAUUGGACGUCCUGCUGUUAGGUGGUUCGUGUCUAUGACACUCCCGUGAGCAAUCAGAGCUCUCAUCGCUGAACACUUGAGGUUUUGAGUUGAUUUGAUUUGUGCACAACAAUAAAACAAACAUAACAUAUUGCUGGGAGAAAAACAAAGUCUGAUAUUGAAGUACGUGGGCUAAAACUCCAGUCUGAUCCGGAUAGACAACAAAAGUUAAACGUUUCAAUGUUGCUCCAAUGUGUUAUUUCAAAACUCGUAUUUAACGGCUAGUUAAGACUUGAUCAUCUCAUGUCAUCAUCCGCUGAGCAGGUACAGUCCUCAGAUGUGUUCAUACCCUCCCAUUAGAGAAUAAGCAGCUGGAAUAAGUUGAAGUUGACAAAAGUAAUAAUAAAUAAAAAUGUACUGAAAAUCA